AGCUUUCAGCUCCUGGGAAUGUGAAGAACACUUGACCGCCACAUCCCGCCGGAUCCCGCCGGGCAUGGGGGUCUUAGGUCGCAAGUCCCGGAAGGUCAGUGGUUGGGUGGACGCGGCGUCCCGGAGCUCCAUCUGGGGAGGCCACAAUGCCGAUGAGAUCGACAGCAUCAACACCCUGGGUGGGGUGGUCAGUGCCUUGGCUUUAUCCUUCGUCUUGGGCUUGCAGUACAUGGUGGCGCCCGGCACGGAUGAAAUGCAAUAUGCCGACUUCAGAAGCCUCAUUUGUAAGAGCCAGGAGUUUCGGAGCUUUGUCAUUGAUGUUUUCAAGGUCGAGGACAUUGGCAAGCACAGCGAGGAGUAUUUCAAUUUCACUAAGAUGGUGCGGCUCAACACUUACAUGGACAUCGAGCAGUUGCUCCGCACCGGCGUGCAGUCCCGCUACGGUGAAUCUGAAGGCCCAGAGAAGCACAUCGCAUGCAUCAGCGACAAAGACGUGCAGACGGCCGUGGCCUUCACCGCCGCAGAGUUUCCCAUGGAGUACAUGCGCGCCUUCGUGUUGCAGACCGGUGAUUUUUACCGAUGGUCAAAGGUGACCGAAUACAUCGGAGGGCUGUCUGGUUCCUUGAUCUUUUCCUCGUUGCUGUGGAGCAUCAUCUUGAACCUCAGCCUAGCACUGGCGCCCGUGCGCGAAGAUGCUAGCGGAACUGCCUUGGUGGCAUGGUUGAUGAUUGGAGGACCCACGAUGUUUGCCAACUACCUCUUCCUGGUGGUGGGCCUCAUGAUGUUCUUCUUCACACAUGGCAGGCAACUGAUGGCGCUGAGCCCUUUUGCAGGGGCCACGAUGUCCAAUACGGUGGAUGUCUCCUUGUUCUCCAUUCUGCUGCCCAUCUUUCUGAUCGGACUUGUCUUAGGCAUGCUGGCCACCUAUUGGUCAAGCCGGAACUCCAAGGAAGCCAAGCCUGAAGAUCCACCUGAAUUGACUGGUGUGAGCGAGGGUACGGGGGCAGAUCCAGAUCCUGCCUUGGAAAUCGAGGACAAGUCGAAACUGAAGCCAGAGCAGCUCGGCGACUCCAGUACUGGGAUGGAAACCCGCAUGUAGGGGGUACAAAUCCGUCUACUGAGGGGCAACAUCUUCUUUCAUGUUCUUUGCAGGUGUUGCCGAAUCCUUCGGAAAUGGAAGAAUUGCAUGUCUGCAUGAAGAAGCCUGAAUGUGAAGGAUGCGGCAAUGUUUGCACGGCGACAAUUAGUGUGUGAUUCUAUUGCAUGAACCUUUCAAAAGAAAAGACACCUUGCGCCGCGGGCUUGGAAGCUUAGAUCGGCCUGGGCUGGUCUUCCAGUCUUCAUCU